UUUAGUGUGGUCAGAGUGCCACACAAAUAUUCCGAUCAGAACGAAAAAGAUUGCUGAAGAAGGAAGGUGUAACAUGGACUGGCAAUCAGUGAUAAAACCAUUAGCCGGAUCCUUAUCCGGCACACUAACCAAAACACUUAAUAUAGCAAAAGCAAUCAUAAAAGGACAAAAUGAUAUACUGGAGCACGACGAAUCAUAUGACAUGUUCUACGGUUCUCUCGUAUGUUUGGCUGCCACAUCAGUCAGCGGCCAGUGUAACUCAGUUUCACAAAGCAACUUACCUAUUCUCACCGAAGCGAGCAGUAUUCUGAUCCGAUUCAUCGUUUCGAAAUUGGAGAAACCACUGAACGCAGACACAAAACUAUUUCUGCCGAAAUUUUUGCCGGCUCUCAAAUGUCUUAGCGAAGGUCAAGCUUUGAGUAGAGAUGAAGACAUUGCCACAUUGACAACAAUAUUGCGCAAUGCAAAAUGUCCCGAACAUGUCAAAUCGACCACAUCUACCAACGAAAAAGACAGCAAAUGCGAGAUAAAAGCGUCUCGAUCAGACCUAUCCAGCGUCAUCCUACAACAAUUGACCACUCCAUUGGGCGUUUCAAGUGCUUACGUUUGGACGCCAUUGAGCGAGGAGUUGGCUGAUUGUUCGGAACUCUUCGUUAGAGCCAACACUGAUUUGAUGGAAGCGUUAGGCGUUGGCGACAUCAUUUUACGAGUGUGUACAGGUCUACCCAGCCUAUCGAAAUACUAUCAACGAUAUGAGGACACUACAGUCCACGGAAAGCCGUUGUUUCUUCCGAUCCAGACAACCGAUGCCACUGUCGUGAAAAAUUCAAUGUCACAGAUGUCAGCCGACAUGUCAAUUCUAUCGUUGGCUGUGUCGCUACCGAUUCUCGAACCACUCACUCCCAGCAAAAUUAAGCAACUUUCUCAAUGCGAAAUGUCAGCCUUGUAUUGUGCGGUGCUGACUUCGAUAGCUGGUAGCGUGUUAAACACGUCCAGUUCACAGAAAUCUCUGGCAAGUACUGGGUCUGGUGUAUGCGAAUGUGAGGAGUCUGGUGACGACGAUCCGGCAAGAAAUAUUGUCGACAAAGCACUGGAAAUAUUCAACACAGUCGGGGACAAAUUCCGCACGACCCGCGAACACAUUUACCAGAAUCAUUUGUGUGUUGGUGCCUGGUUACUGGUGUCCGGCAUACAGGGAGCAAUGGGAGCGUCGGGAAGUAAUGUGAGACUGACACAAACGUCAUCGGACGAGAUUCCAAAUGCGAAGGGUAAAAGCCCGUCACGUUCAACCCCUGAUCCAACAACAGCAUCAACAACUGGACGUGUGAAUCUCAUCAAAGUACAACAAGGAUUUGGUGUAUUAAAUGCCGCAAUAGCCAAUCAUACAUUGCUAUUGUUGACGGAAUUAAUUGGCGAUUUGGUGGAUGUUGAGCCUCGAUCGGAUGAGGAAGCCAAAACAACCGAUCCGGCAGACUUCGAUAUAAUGGGAAAAUUUUCAUCUUUGCAACGUGUCAUCCGUGUGCUCAACACAGCGACCAUGCAGCAGUUGUUAACUUUUUUGGCCACUGUUUCGUACCGAAAGGCAUGUCAAAUGAAGCGUGUGAACAUAAAGAGCGAUGGAGGUGAUCCCGUUAGCUACAGCGAUUCAACAACGUACUACAAUGACACUAUUUGUUCGUCGGAAGACUCUGAGUCGGACGAAGAAGACAGCUACUUGGGAAUCUGGUUCAAAGAAACAUUGUCACCCGAAUCGAAGGAAACCCACGUUGAGUCAUCGACACAGGAAAAAUCAUCGGAAGGACAGCGCGGAAGUGCAAUGGUUUCGGCUAAAGAUGAACCGCACGAGUAUUUGGAGUUGUCGGCCGAGAUCUUUUCAUUUUUGGACACUUCACUAGGCAGCAACCACAAAUUCCUUCACAAGUACGUAAAGUCAGGUCUGAGUGAACAACAGAUGGUUUUACUGGCCAAUAUCCUCAAAGAUUUGGACCGAGAUGCUGCUCGUGGUGAACAGGAUAUGUUUGAUACUCAGUGGCAACGAGCUAUGAAUAAAUUUGCCGGAUCGCUGGGUCGAUAUUUGCACAAUCUACUGUCCGGGGGACAGGUCAGUGAAUCAUUGCAAUCGUCAUUGCUACUUCAUCUGGGUGUGUCACCGUGGACCCAGGAUUCAAUCAUCUGGCCACUACAGGUUUAUUCUCGAACACUGUCCGUGUUGGUGCAAAUAUUACUGUUGAAGCCGUCACAGGAAAAAGAGGCAGCUUGUCUAUCGGUAUGGCAUCGCUUGGUGAAUACUUUGGUAGAAGGAGUUUGUUCAACGCAGACUGAUGCCGAGUACGGAGAUUUAAAUGUUGAACACGCCCAGUUACUGCUGUUCUUGUUCCAUUCAUUGAAUCUAAUGCAAAAGAAAUCCGUUCUACUAUUGACUGCUGGUGGUGUCAUUCGUUGUGCCGAAGUCUGUCGUGGAGUUACACCGGAAAAACCACUAAAAGAUCAUCAAAUCAUUCUACUAUCCAGGCUGCUGCUCUUCCUGGAGUACCUAAUGAAACAUUUGUACAAUUCGCCGACAGUUUUGCUGGAACAAGUUCGCUGGAACUUGUUCAGUGUCAUCACAUUGGAUCAAUCGCAAAAAGUGUCCGAUGCCGUGAGCAACAAGAUCAAAAUGAUGUCGUUCUGCCGCAGAGAACUGGAAGAAAAGUAUCGAAAACAUUCGACCGAUUAUGGAUCCGGCGUUCGGCCGAAAUUUUAUUCGCUCACCGUUGUCGACACAAAAAUCCAACAAGAAUUCAAGUUGGACGGUUUGGCGUGGAAUUUCAUCUUGUGCACACCCGACAAAUUGAAAUAUCCUCUGUUAGUCGAUGCACUCAUUGACAUCUUGGGCAUAACGGAUAUCUGUAUGGCGAAGGUGUCGUUUCAAACAUUGUGCGCGGUGAAUUAUUGCUUUGGAUUGUGCUGGAAGUUGCUGCUAGGACUACCACCGUCAACAGCACACGUGGAAGCAUUGAUGCAGGAUAAAACACCGAAUCUACAUUUGCUUGCUUGGGGUGUACGGUGUCUACAGGCCGUGCCAUCAUCAAGUUACUUGAUUGUCAACAGUUUGGUGAAACAGGGAAUGUUUACGCAAUUCGCUGAAGGCCUGUGGAAUAAAAUUACCGAGCACGUUUCCGACAUCAAGUACAGCCUGAAGCAAACCAUUCUAGGAUUGGAAUCGUUCAAUAAGACAUUUUGGAUACAAAAUCCCCGAUUGUCCAAAAUCAUCAUGUUGGACGCACUGGUGUCUCACUUGUAUGUUAUUUAUUGGAGUGAAAAAGAAGGCGUAAAACCAGCUGUUACAAGCGGUACAGUAACACCGACGAAAAAUAAUGCCGCAUCGUCGCCGUCCGAAUUUAUUCCACCGUCGCCGGAAUCAUCAUCCUCCGCGACUGAGGCAUCGAAAGUGUCGGGAACAGAUGAUACAAAAACCAUACCAAUCACAACAAACGAUGAGUUAGUCAAGGAAUUGAUGACCAAAGCUUUGAAUGCAUUGGAAACCAUCAAAGAAUGUGUAUUCAAAUUGAACUUGUCAAGUCUGCACGGAACUAUUCCGAUCGUACUACUGGAAUCGCUGAUUUCAAUUGCUGGACACAAGAACACUUUCUGCUCGGAUAUUGCACUGCAAUUUCCGCUACUAUUGUCUGGCCAAGACAAGGACAUCAUCCUGACCGAAUGGAACAAAAACCUGCUCGUCAUCAGUGAAGACAAUCUAACACCAGUCAUACGUCCAGUUGAAUAUCACACAUUGGCCGUCAUUGAUGCACAUCUCAACGAAGUGUACAAAUGUCCAACAUAUUCGAUCGUAUUGUCGAUGAAACAUACUAUGAAAUCGAUCAUGAAUUUGGUGUAUUAUCUACUGCCAGCAUGCAAGGAUGUCAUUCCGCUGGAAGAUCGUUUGAAAUCACUGUUGGUCACUCUGUUGUUUGACGUUCGCACUGAGUUCUUGUACGACAUAUCGAAUAAAUGUUUGGAGCUGCUGAUCGGCAAAGAUUCCACAUCGAAUGCCUACGUCUUUCCGAUUUAUUUGAACAUCCUGAAGCACACCUACAAGCUGCUGAUCGAUUUUGCUGAUAUUUCCAGCCAAGGCCGAAAUGUUGGCCUCAACGAAUCAGUUUUGCACAACGUCCUGAAAUGCUGGGAACAAAUGUUGGAGAAACCGGUUGGCUUGAAGGCGAUGCACGAAUUUUUCUCGGUCACAAAACAGGGAAAUUUGGUCCAGGUGUUGCUCAGUUUUGCCAACACAUCACUGUCUCAACUGUUUUCCACCAAAGUCUUACAGUUCUUCGAAAAACUGUUCCAAUCGUCCGAGAAGGCAGACUCCACAUUCAAAUUGGACGAGCUGUGUGCAUGUGUAUCCGAAUUGGGUCAAGUCGAAAACGCCAAAUUGAAAACUUGGUUGAGUCACAUCCUAUUGGGCCCAGUCAAUGCGAAUGUUGCGUCCAGUGCUACAUCAAGUAACGUUCAAACACCGACCAAUAUGGCAACAGUGUCCGCUAUUCCAAGCAUAUCCGAUCAAAUGGUUCAACCAUCUGAACUAGCAUUGGAUCCAAAUGUAAUGGACAUUGAUUAUGACUGUUCGGGAGCUGCAGCUGCAGGACCGUCAAGCGCGUGGCACGCGAGUAUUACAACUAAUCGUUCUGGUUCCGUUACUCCGAACGAAGAAUGCUUGGAGAAAAAUGGUCGAUUGUUACAGACGCUGACCAAGUACAUUGUGACAGAGAAUCGCAUAUCACCAAAUGUAUCGGCGUCACUAUUUCAAGCACUUGUCCAAUUGGGACAGAAUCUACUGUGUCCCACUCAAGAUGCGAUUGAAUUCAAUGAUAUACUGCAAGUCAUGGUUACACUAGCUGACGCUGGUCAUGGUAAAGGACAUUCGUCACUGUUCUCAGCUGCGAUUGACUGGUUGGACGUGUCCAAAAAUCAUGUGAUGGAGAAGUCCCAAACCGAGAAACCCACCAAAAUUAACGUGACAUUCCAAAACGUCUCGUCAUUGUUGCGUUACAUGGCCGAUUUGUUGCAAGGGCUUGGAUUUCCCGCUAACAAUCGAUCAACUAAUCCACCCUGGGAAGAUGAACAACCACCCGAUUUUGAAGAUUGCUUUGAUGAUGUGACUGGCGAAGAUGAGGACAGCUCGUUGGAAGAUUCGGACGAGGACAGUCUGGGUUCGAAAUUGUGCACGUAUUCCCUAACCGAGAAGGAGUACAUGAUUCAGCAUUGGUACAAUUGUCACACAUGCAAAAUGGUCGACAGUGUUGGCGUGUGUUCGAUUUGUGCACGAGUCUGUCACAAAAACCACGAUCUCAGUUAUGCAAAGCACGGAAAUUUCUUUUGCGAUUGCGGAGCGAAGACAGACGGUUCUUGCCAAGCACUAACAAAACGGAACCACUCGCAACCGUCCGAGUCAUCGAUGAACGCUGGAUUCUCUGCAGAUGCUCCCACAACGAGCUCAAUUCGACGACGGGCUACUAUCAGCCCAUCUCGCAAUUCCCAUGCACAACGUGAUCAUGCGAAUAAUAUGGAACGAGCUCUGCAAAUAGCCAAAUUGAUAGAAGUAUCAAAGGAUGCACUCAAAAAUCCCGAGCAAUGGAAGUCCGUUCUGCGUUGCCUGUUGGACUUCUUUGAGUUCCUAUUGCCAUCGGUCAAGGAAAACUGUGCAAAAUACUCAACUGUCGGAUGCCAUUUGAGAGCGAAAAAUGCAUUGGAUCGACUUCACCAGCCAGACAAAACAUUUUCAAUUACGGAUCAAAUCAUGUUACCGACAUUGGGUUCGCAAGAGGGUGCCUUCGAAAAUGUACGCUCGAACUUCGUUGGUGAUCAAGCACAAAUAAUUCGUCAACUAAUCGCAUCAAAUACCGUACGUCGCGUCGGUUUGUGCUGCUUAUCGUCGCCGCACGGAAAACGUCAACAUUUGGCGGUCUCACACGAGAAAGGAAAGGUGACGAUUCUACAGCUGUCAUCUCUGCUGAAACAGGCUGAUGUAGCCAAGAAGAAGCUGACCCUUUCACGUUUGGCCUCGGCACCUAUUUCGUGCACCAUUAUGUCUCUGGCAUCGAAUCCAUCUAACGAAGAAUUUUUGGCUGUUUGCGGCUUGAAGGAGUGCCAUGUGUUGCUGUCGUUCUCGAGCACCGGAACUGUGACCGAACACAUUGUUAUUACGCCACAACUGGAAACUGGAAAUUACAUAAAACGAGCACUCUGGCUACCCGGCUCACAAACAAUGCUGGCUAUUAUUACGUGUGACUACGUCAAGAUCUAUGAAUUAUCAGAAGACACAUACAGUCCGCAAUAUUACUUUGUUGUGCCGAGUGGAAAGAUACGCGACUGUACAUUCGUCUAUCAGUCGGGCACUUACUAUCUCUUGCUUUUCGCAUCUUCCGGCUAUAUAUACACCCAACCGCUAGUCGACGAGAGUCUAGCCAAACACGGAGCUUUCUACGUCACCAACACUUUGGAAAUCGAUCAUCCGUUGAUUUUUGAAAGCAAAGGAGCAUUAGGCGAAGGUGGCGCAUCUAUAUACUACUCACAUGUCUUGCAGAUAUUAUUCUUCAGUUAUUCCAUCGGUAAGAAUUUCAUGGCACCAUUAACCGAUGUCAAUAAGGGCGUAAAGAACGUUGUGCUGUUGCAAAUGACUCCACAGUCGAAGAAUUCAUCAAAAUCAACAAGUCAGGCCCUGAUGCAAUGGAGUGAAGUGGCUGGUCAUCCCGGAUUGAUAUUCGCCAUGCAAAAUCAAUCGAACAAUCCGGUCAUAUUUAUGCUGAAACCGGAAGGAAUUUUGAUGCAAGAGAUUAAGUACAGCAGCGCCAAGGCUAAAAUCAUUGACAUGGUAGCCAUUCGUCACACGACGAGCGGUGUCGAACGUACAACAUUGUUGUUAUUGUGUGAAGAUGGCAGUCUUCGAAUAUUUGCCGCUAAUCCGAAAGUCACCAACUUUUGGCUGUCACCCGAAGUUCAACCGGUUGCCAAUCAGUUAUAUCAAACGUUCCAACCGAAAUCACUGCGUCGAUCGAAGAAAAUUGGCCAAAAGAAUCAGCCUGGACACGGAAAUGUUACAUCAUCCGGCCAGGCACAAUUUCCGAUUGACUUUUUCGAGCACUACACAUUGCUGCACGAUAUCGACUACGGUGGUUGUGAUUUGCUUCAAAUUUAUAACACUCAGCAGCUGAAGCAUCGCAUCGACACCACUGGACUUUACGUUGUUUCUACAAAGUCGACCGGCUUUGUUCUGGAAGUAAUCAACAAUGAUCCUAAGAUUGUUAUGACCGGCUUUCGCAUACUGAUCGGUACCCAAGAUCCUGUCCGUGCCCCGCCGACUGUUACAGUUUAUGGUCGUGUUGUCAAUACGUAUACCACUCGACCGCGUUGGUUUGACAUUCCCCUUACACACGAAGAAAGUCUACGCAGCGACAAGAAAUUAAGUAUUUUGUUCGGUCCGACUCAAGAUCCGGACAAAGUGUGCAUGUUGGACUGUAUCAAGGUCUAUGGCAAGAGCAAAGAGCUAAUCGGAUGGCCCGAAGAGUCUGAUGAUGCUGUAGCCAAUUCCAAUGCGAAUAGCAGUCAACUAGCAGCAAAUGCAGCAACGUGUGCUCUACAGUCCAGCGAAUCCACCGUCCAGACUAUUACACCGUUGGACAAGAUGUUGACCAUAAUGUUGGAAGUACUCGAUAGCGGUCUUGGCAUUUUAGGAGCGUCCAAAAAUGAAGAUCUUCAAUUGAAGAAAAAAUCCAUUGAAAUCGCUACGUAUCUACUGCUGUACCCGUUGCCGAACGUUGUGCAAAAUCAAGCGAAAUGGGUGCUUGCAACUCUGCACAACAAUCGCGCAGCCUACAAUGCGUACAAAGAUAAAGAAAUUCUCAGUGAAGUGAAUUCAGAACUGGAGAAAUUGAAGGCGAGUCGUGACCUACGGAAUAUCGAUCCGGAAGCAUUCUUCAGAUUGGUUGUGUUGACACGAAAUAUUGCAGUUGCUAGACCCCAAGCACUCACCAAAAUUACAAUGGACAACCAAUUCGACAUUGUUACAUCAUUCAUGGUACUGUUGAAGGGACUGCACAGCAUCACACCCAACUACGAACUACAGUCAUCUAUCGUCCGAGUGGGAUUGUCACACACCGAAUCGACAAUCCAAUGUUUAGUCGAGAUAAUUUAUGCAUUCGCUUUGUCCGAUCAAAAACUGGUCGACCAAAUGACAUCGUUUUUGGUACAAUUACUUUUGGAUAAAUCGAGCAUUAUCAGUCACAGUGCCAAACAGGCUAUGAUACGUCUAUUGCGACCAGCACGAGUUAAGCGACGUAAAGUCUUAAUCGGAACUCCGCCGGAAUGUGCAUCCCCUGCAAACAAGGAACAAGAACCGACUGAGGAAGGAGCCGUAGGUGGAGUGGCGAACAACGAACAAAUGUUGAAUGCUCAACAAAUUGCUGCACUGGGAUUGGAAGGUGCCGUUGGAACGUCGAAUCCCCAAGAUCUAUCAUCGGUGGAGGCAAUGUUGGGAAUGGGUGCUGGAGCCGUUGGUGGUUUUCCGCAAAUGAUGCACAUGCAACAGGAUGCAGAUGACGAAGCAAUUUUGGAAAUUGCUAUCGCACUCAGCUUACAAGAGCACGAAAUACCUGUGCUUCAACAGAGUCUGGCCGAUUUGCAGCGUGGCAUUCGUUUUCCAUCGUUAAACGAUGUGGAAGCUCCGCCGGAAUUUUUCAACACUUCAAUGAUGUCCACAGCUGGAUCGGAUGAUGAAGGCUCGAAUGCAGCAACAGAAGGAUCCACCUUGCGUACGUCGCCCGCUGAACAUGCCGGCAGUGUUGGUUCGGAAAGUGGAGGAAGUGGAGUCGACAGCAUUGGAGGUGCUUCGGGCCGAAGCAGUAACUACGGCGAUCAACUGAAUCAAUCACCACCUAGAAUCGAAUCGAAAUUGCAGUCGUUAACAGUACAAGAGGUACAAGAAGAGCAGGAAACUUCUACGGAGAUUGAGAUUACUCAUAAAUUGCAUACGUUAAGAAUCAACAUUCUCCAAAAGAUGGUCGAGCAGAUAAAGAGUCUAAACUCAAUCGAUGGACAUCAAUCGAUUCCAUUCAUGCAAGUCAUAUUGAUGUUGACUGCAGAUUUGGAUGGAAGUCAAGAGACCGAUCAAAAUGUACUGUCCAAGCUGCUAUCCGCAUUGAUUGAUCGCCUGGAAAUUUCACCGUCUGCUGAACCGAAUCAAAUGGCAUCACGAUCAGCGAAAACGGAGGUUCAGCUGGUCAUUCUGCGUCUGGUGCACGUUCUCAUGGCGAAAAUAAAAUCAUCCAAAUCGUCAUCCCAUUCGACGAAUACGGCAGCAGUAAGUCAACAAACCCGUGACAAUUCGACGUUUGUUGGGACAGCUACAGCGAAUGCAUUGCUGGAAUGCGGUGCUAUACCCUAUUGUCUAUCGAUAUUGAAGGCUUUCCUGCCAUACUGGCGAAAUGUGUCCAACAAUGACAAGACAGCUGUUAGCGGAACAUCAAUCAUAACGACAUCCGCCGGUCCCACAACAAACAACACGCUCAAAGUGCACGUCCACGGUCCAGAUCGAGAUCUGACACCAUUUUUUGGAGGGCCAAACGAUAAAAAUGAUAAGAAUGCUGACGUUUUCGAACAAUACUCGGCCAGCAUAACGGAAAUCGCCGUUCGACUACCGUAUCAAAUACUAAAAUUGACUACCAACAGUCCGGCUUCGUUCGAAUGGUACACAAACAUUUACGAGUACAUGUCGCACACCCUCUGUGAAUAUAUGAUGGUUGUGACGUCGCAAAUAUUACGUCGAAUCAUCCGUAAGCUUUUGUUGUACGUCUGCGGCAGCAAGGACAAAUAUCGGCAAUCUCGUGACAUUCAUUCGUUGGACACUCACAUCAAAAUGAUCAAGCACAAUGACACGACAAUGGCUACGCAGUUGACGACCGUUCAAAAUAAUCCGGUUCUGAAUUACGAUGCCCUCGUUGAGUUAAUGGAGCAUUUGAAAGGUUGCCUCGAUGUUGCAUCAGUACGCACGGGCAACUGGCAACGAUUCUGCGUUCAACAUAACGAUGUUUUACCAUCGCUCAUCCGAAUCGGUACGAAUCAAUUGGCUGAAGGUGUUGCACCGGUGAUCUUACAACUGUUGCAAGGAGCCAUCUGUAACUUACACGAAAAAGACACAAAGAAUGCAGCGGCCGUCAAAAUGCGUCAGGAUCGGGACAAGUCUGAAGACGCUGAACUGUUUCCCGAUUCGAAAUUCGACCAGAAUAUGUGUUCCGUGCUAGUGGCCAAUAUUUUCGCUCAAGUGACGCCGGCAACGUUGACGAAAUUCAUCAAAAUUUAUCUGCUCGAAACGAACACUCUGUCGGUUCGUUGGCAGGCUCACGGAUUGAUUUACGCGUUCUACGAAAACAGCAAUUUGGCUCAGAAAGAACGUCUACUGAACAGUAUGUGGGAUUUGUGGCCACUACUACCGGCUUAUGGUCGUCGAACUGCUCAAUUUGUUGAUCUGUUGGGCUACCUCACAUUGACCACGAAAGAAAUCAGCGAAAAACUUCCCGAAUACAUGGGACUAGCGGUGUCCGUGCUUCGUCAACAGAACGAACGGAUCUCCAAACAUCCCAAUGCACCGAUCUACACAGCUCUCGGUCAAGUAUUGGAGCUGGAGGGAUAUUAUCUUGAGUCCGAACCGUGUUUGGUGUGCAACAAUCCCGAAGUUCCGAUGUCCAACAUAAAACUUUCGUCGGUUAAACAGGACUCCAAAUUCACCACAACCACAACGAUUGUGAAAUUGACUCAGAGUCACAUUAUUUCGAAGAUCAUAUUACGGAUUGCCGAUGCCAAGCGCACGAAAAUGGUUCGAACGAUCAACAUUUAUUACAACAAUCGUACUGUUCAAGCCGUUGUUGAACUGAAAAAUCGCCCAUCUAUGUGGCACAAGGCCCGAAAAGUUACACUCGACUACUCACAGGUGGAAGAGAAAAUUGAAUUCCCUCUGCCGAUCACCGCUUGCAAUCUGAUGAUUGAAUAUGCCGACUUUUACGAGACCGUUACGGGAUCCAGUGAGAAUUUACAAUGUCCUCGAUGCAGUGCAGCUGUGCCAGCCAAUCCCGGUGUGUGCGGAAACUGUGGAGAAAAUGUCUACCAAUGCCAUAAAUGCCGUGCCAUCAACUACGAUGAAAAGGAUCCGUUUUUGUGUCAUUCGUGUGGCUUCUGUAAGUACGCUAAAUUUGACUACAACAUUUAUGGACGAGCCUGCUGUGCUGUUGAUCCAAUCGAGUCGGCAGAUGAUCGUGCCAAGACAGUCCUAACCAUUCACAAUUUAUUGGAGAAAGCCGAUCGAGUCUAUCGUUCGCUUCAAGAAAACAAACAAAUCCUCGAGCUGCUCGUUCAGAAAGUUGCCGAUCAGAAAUUGGAUCGCAUUUCGGAUGAAUCAAUCCUCGGCAAUGUCGUUGCAACAUCUCAAGUCAAUAAGGUCAUUCAACUUCUGGCUCAAAAGUAUUGCGUCGAAUCCAAAAAUUCAUUCGAGGAAUUGAGCAAACACAUCCAGAAAGUGCAGGCUUGCCGCCGUGAAUUGGUGUCUUACGAUCGCAGUCAAAUGGACCUGCCCGCAUCGUUAGAAAACUCGAAUGAUUCGGUGGUGAUUCACAAUCGCUGCUAUGGAUGUGCAUUAGCAUCGACCGAACAGUGUUUGACUCUGUUACGAGCUAUGGCAUCGAAUGUUCACUGUCGCAUUGGAUUGUGUCAACAGGGAUUGGUCGACGAACUGGCACAGAAUAAUUUACGCCGUGGAACGAUACAAAUUCAGGAGGAGGUCCGUCAUUUACUGUGCUUGCUGACCAGAGAUCUACCGGAAGCUACACAGUCUUUAUGCAAUUUGAUCCUAACUCGCGUAAAAUUGGUGCUCAGCGGAAUCGCACCGUUUUCGAACAUUGACUCAUCUUUGCGUCAUGAAAUGUCCCUGUUGGAGAGCAUGGUAGCCCAUGACGAUUCUUGCUGGGAACAGAAAUUGAAAGUUGUCCUGGAAAUAUUUUUGCUGGCAUGCCGUGAUGUACGCGGUCCACCGGUCUCAGUUUUGCAACCAUGUCUUAAAGUCUUGGAAAAUCUAAUUUGUCCAGGUGCUCCGAAAAGCAAAACCAACAAGGAUCUUACUACCGAACAGCUUUACACCAUCAAACCUGUUGGUGGACUUACAGUUGACUACAGAGGAUGGCUGACCGAUGAUCCAAUCCAUUCGUUUGACGCAUGGAGAGCUCGUAUGCCGCCAAUAGUUAAACCAUCUACCACUAAACCAACCGUUCAGGAUAAACCGUUGAACGAAGAUGAAGAGCCGGUAAAAGGAGGAGCUGAUUCUGCAUUGAACCGAUCUAAAGUUCCCAGGAUGUUUAUUGCGGUACUGGAGAAGAAACGACAAAAGUUCAGAACGGCAUAUUUGACCGAAAAAUAUGGUUUGAAAUGGCGCAGAAAGGUUCUAUCAAAGGGUGUACGUCAUCAACCAUUGAAACUGACCGCAUCUUGGCUCCAAUCGAUUCUCUUCAAUGGCAAUUCACGCAUCGCUCGACAACUAGCCACAGCCCUAAUACCGGCACUGAUCAACAAAGAUUUCGAGCGUAAACGUGAGAUUCUGGAUCUGUUGACUGGCUUUUUGAAGUACAUUGGAGAAGCGGAAGAGGCCAGCGACGAAUUCGUCAUCUUAUAUCGUUGCCUGGCUAAAGACACACCGUGGAGACAAUAUCUGAUUGUGAAAAAGGUCUUGGUACUCAUAACCGAUCUACUGGCGGUGGAAAUUGAAAAGAUUCAUCGCUUGGAGGAUACAACGUUGUCAUCUGACUUGGCUCAAGGAUAUGCACUGCGACAGCUUGUCGAAUUGCUGGCCAUGUUCAUUGACAAUCCGAAGAUCUUGCAAGUUUACAAGUCGAAAUUGGUCGGACCGGUGUUGCAGAGUUAUUUGUCAUUGAGGAAACUCGUCGUACAGCGUACUCGUUUGGUCGACGAUUCUCAGCAGAAGUUGCUAGAAAUGCUCGAAGAAAUGACAACUGGCACUGAGGACGAGACGCGAGCCUUUAUGUCCGUAUUGAUUAACACCGUUCGCACAACACCGAUGAACGACAUCAAAACGCCAGUGUUCAUAUUCGAACGACUCUGUUCGAUCAUUCAUCCUGAGGAAAAUGACGUCGGCGAAUUUUUCCUAACACUCGAGAAGGACGCGCAACAAGAAGACUUCUUACAAGGAAGAAUGCUGGGCAAUCCGUAUCCGUCCAGUGAAGGUGGAUUAGGUCCGUUGAUGCGAGAUGUGAAAAAUAAAAUUUGCACCGACUGUGAACUGGUAGCGUUGCUGGAAGACGAUAAUGGCAUGGAGUUGCUGGUGCACAAUAAAAUUAUCAGCCUGGAUCUACCCGUAAAGGAAGUGUACAAGAAAAUCUGGUUGGCUGAGGGUGGUGAACGUGACACAAUGCGAAUCGUUUAUCGUAUGCGUGGCCUUAUGGGCGAUGCAACCGAAGAAUUUGUUGAAACGUUGCACAAUAAAAGUGUCGUCGAGGUGGAUAACGAGCAACUUUAUCGCAUGGCGAAUGUGUUAGCCGAUUGUGGUGGACUGAAAGUGAUGCUGGAUCGAAUUGUUGGUCUCCAAAGUAUCAUGCGUUCGCGAUCCUUGCUACAAGUUCUGUUGAAACUUUUCCUGCUUGCUGUCAAAGUCAGACGUUGCAAAGAAGUGUUGUGUCAACCGGAACUGGGCGCCAUCAAUACAUUGCUCAAAGUGUUGCAGCUAUGUCUACAAGGUGAAAAUGAUUCACAGCAGUCAGCCGUGACGGAACAGCUACUUGAAAUUAUGGAAACUAUUCUAAGCAAAGCCGCCAGCGAUACAUUGGACUCAUUCCUACAAUUCUCGUUAACAUUCGGUGGUCUAGAAUACGUCACAGCGUUGAUAUCGUGCACUAAUUGUACGAAUGUUCGCAACAGUCCAUCAGUUUUACGGCACUUGAUUCGAGUUUUGGCUGCGCUGGUGUACGGAAACGAUUUGAAAAUGGCUUUACUGUGCGAACACUUCAAGGACGCUUUGAAUUUCCAAGCAUUCGACUCCGAGUACAUGGUUGACACCGAAUUCCGUAUGGAGCUGUUCUGUGUCUUGACGAAUCAAAUCGAACACAAUUCGAUCGGUGGAACGUUAAAAGAUUACAUCAUCGGACUGGGAAUAGUGGAAAAGUCUAUCGAAUACAUACGAACACAUGCACCCUGCGUGAAGCCAACGCUACUGCGAACUGAUUCCGAUGAACUGAAAGAAUUCAUAUCUCGACCAUCGUUGAAAUACAUUUUGCGAUUCCUCACCGGAUUGGCAAACAAACACGAGGCCACCCAGUUGGCAAUUGCUAAAGAAAUCAUCCCGAUCAUUCAUCGAUUGGAGCAGGUGUCCAGUGACGAGCAUGUCGGAAGUUUAGCGGAAAAUUUGAUGGAUUCAUUGUGCACCGAUCCGACAACCGCAAAAUGCGUCCAAGAGGUUCGAGACUUCACCCGUGCCGAAAAGAAACGGCUUGCAAUGGUAACCAGAGAAAAGCAGUUGGAUGCGCUGGGAAUGCGAACGAAUGAAAAGGGUCAAGUGACUGCUAAGGGAUCAAUUUUGCAGAAAAUUGAAAAAUUACGCGAGGAAACGGGAUUGACUUGCUUCAUUUGCCGAGAGGGGUACGCAUGUCAGCCGUCAAAGGUACUCGGAAUUUACACUUUCACCAAGCGAACAAACAUUGAAGAAUUUGAGCAGAAAUCACGAAAGACAAUCGGCUACACCACAGUCACACAUUUCAAUGUCGUGCACAUUGAUUGCCAUAUGUCGGCGAUUCGUUUGGCUCGCGGACGUGAUGAAUGGGAAAGUGCUAGUCUGCAGAAUGCCAACACCCGUUGCAACGGUUUAUUGCCACUGUGGGGACCGGAUGUUUUAGAAACAGCAUUCGCUUCGUGCAUGACCCGACACAAUAGCAACAUGCAAGAAAGUACUCAACGCUGUGAAAUUACAUUCAACAGCGCCAUUCACGAUCUUAAACUAUUACUGCUGCGAUUUGCUCAAGAGAAAAGUUUCCAUGACGAUGCUGGCGGUGGCGGGCCACAAUCGAACAUGCAUUUAGUUCCUUAUUUGCUCUUCUACUCACUGUACAUUUUGCUGUCGUCGCGAAACUAUACACGAGAAGAAAAGACCUUAACCACGGCUUUGACAUCCACAAUAAACGAACGGUGGCUGGAAUGUGCCUAUGAAGUGGAAGGACCAUUCUACCAAAUAACUUUAUCAUUGGCUCUGCAUACACCGGAUCUAUGGCAGAAGCACCGAAUUGCGCACCUGAAACGGUUGAUUGUGGCCGGACACGCAAGAAGCACUAGUCCCGCAGCUGUAUGCAAAUCCGUUUCCGACAACAAACCGAAAGACUAUGCCGUCUAUAAGCCAUUUUUGAUGAUGUGGGCAAUGGUUGACUGCAUCUACUCGGAUCUGUUCAAAACGGUACAAACGCCCAAAGAGGAAGACUGGCCCAUAUCAUUGUUCGACUACAUUCGACGCAACGACGAGGCAAUGCUCAAAGCAACGGAUAAAAUUUUGGAAACCUUUACCGAGCAAUUUAUACCGUGUGCCGAUUUCACCGAAUUUUGUGAUGUAGCAGGUCUGUUGAACACAAUCGACGAUCCGAUGGGAUUUUUGAACGAACUUAUUGGCUCCCUACCAUCGGCGUCAGCAUAAUGGUUACUGUUAGACGAUGGUCGAUUCGUCACAUUUAUCUAAUUAACAAUUUUAUUCAUAAGCCCCAGUAUAUUUGUCAUAUUCAAUACACGUGAAUUUAGUGAAUCAAUGUUUUCAUCAAAAUUACAGCGUUAAACGCAUAAUCACCAAAAUAAAUUUCUAGAAUUGGA